AAGUGGGUUAAGAGCACUGGUUGGAAUCCCAGCUGCUCCACUUCCAAUCCAGCUUCCUGCUAAUAAGGGUCUUGGGAAAGCAGUGGAAGAUGGUCCAAGUGCUUGGGCCCCUGCAGCCAUGUGGGAGAUCUAGAUGGAGUUCCUGGUCCUUGGCUUUGGCCUGGCCUAGAUCUGGCUGUUGUAGACAUUUGGGGAGUGAACCAGCAGAUGGAAGAUUCUCUCUCACUCUCCCUCUCUCUUUCUCUCUCUUUUUCAAAUAGGCAAGUAGAUCAUUCAUUUUAAAAAUUUAUGCAUAUAUGAUCACACCUAAUGCAAACAUAAUUUCACAUCUUCCUUUCCAGCUGGGGUCCUUUAGUUUCUUUUUCUUCUCUAAUUGUUCUGGCUGGGCAAUGGUGACUAACAUGUCAAUGAACCUGGGACUGCAAAUACUUCAUCUAGGGGUGAUUUUACUUCCUUUGCACAUGCAAUUUAUUGAUUUGAAAGGCAGAGUUAGAGAGAGUGACAGAGAGAGAGAGAGAGAGAGGUCUUCCAUCCACUGGUUCACUCCCCAAAUGGCCACAACGGCUGGAACUAGGCCAAUCUGAAGCCAGGAGCCAGGAGUUUCUUCUGGGUCUCCCAUGUGGGUGUGCACAGGAGCCCAAAGACUUGGGCCAUCCUCUGCUGCCUUCCCAGGCACACUAGCAGAGAGCUGGAGAAGAAGUGGAGCAGCUGGGACUUAAAGCGGUGCCCAUAUGGGAUGCUGGUAUCGCAGGCAGCAGCUUUACCCACUACACACAAUGCCAGCCCCAGGAGUUUUCAACACUUAAGCUAGUCCACAUUGACCCCCAGGAUACACCUAUUACCACUUGUGAUUUCCCACCCACGUUCUACCUCCAGCAGGGGCCUCUGUCUGGGGAAACCUGUGAUUCUUUGAUCUGCCAGUCACAUCCGUUUUCGGAGGAAUGUUUUGUCUGUGACCUCAUCUCUCGUGUAUCCAAGAAAAGUUAAUUUUCAGUUUGUUAAGCUUUUCUCUUGUUAUGAAGCUGUGAGUGCCAAGCCCCAUGUUUCCUACAUUGGCCCACAUCCUGGAACUCUAUUUGUCUUUUUUGUUUUAAAUAAUGAAAAUUUAGGUUUGCUUGUUUCACCAGCAGGUGGUCUCUUAUCAUCCCUUUUCCUGAACAAAAGGGAAGAGAUGUACCAGGAAGAGUUCCAUUUUUGAAAAAUAGGAAUAAGUGGCAUCCUAGAAUUAAAGCCUGGGCACCAGGCAGCCUUGAGUGUUCUUUCCCUGUUCUUCCUCAUGUGUGAGCUUUGACAUCAGGUCUGUCCUGUCUGGCUGAGAGAAGUCUAAACAUGUGGAGUAUGGACUCUCAUUAGUGGAAGUGUUACUGAAAUCUAAGUCCUCAUCAACAGUGCCGGAUUAACGAGGACAAAGCUGGAGGAUGAAAGAAAGAGCAAGUUUAAUUAUCUACCAGUGGAUGAGGAGGGUAGCAGUAUCCUCCAUGGGGUGGUCUGGAGGUCUUAAGAAGUGCAAAAGAGAGGUUGGGCUGCAAGUCAGGAGUUGAAGGUAGGGGCUGAGGAACAGGUAGAUGACAAAACUGGUUGAUAACAGGGUGUGUUAUCAACCUCAGAUAUCAAUGCGGGGACCAGUGCUGUGGCGUAGCGGGUAAAGUGUCCACCUGCAGUGCUGCCAUCCCAUAUGGCCACCAAUUCAAGUCCAGGCUGCUACACUUCUGAUCCAGCUCUCUGCUGUGGCCUGGGAAAGCAGUGGAAGAUGGCCCAAGUCCUUGAGACCCUGCACCAACAUGGGAGAUCCAGAGGAAGCUCCUGGCUCCUGGCUUCUGAUCGGCAUAGCACAGGCCAUUGUGGCCAAAUGGGGAGUGAACAAACAGAUGGGAGACUUUUCUCUCUCUCUGCCUCUCUGUAACUCUUUCAAGUAAAUAAAUCUUUAAAAAAAGAGAUAAAUUUAGGGACAGGUGUUUGGCAUAGCAGUUAGGAUGUCUCUUGGAAUCACUGCCUCACGUAUCAGAGCACUUGGUUUUGAGUCUCAGCUCUGCUUCUAAUUCCAGCAUUCUUGCUAAUGCACACCUGAGAGUCAGCAGGUUAAAUGGCUCAAGUAGUUGGGUGCCUACCACCCAUAUGGGAGGCCUGCAUUGAGUUCCUGGCUGCCAGCUUUGCUUGGUCCAGCCCUGGCCUUUGUGGGCAUCUAGAGAGGGAACCAGUAGAUGGAAGAGUUCUGUAUAUGUGCGGGUAAUUAGGCACAUGAGGAAAUUCAAAGAUGGUGCCCAAAGGAAGUAAGGUGGGUGGAACCCAAAGCUAAUUGGCUACACAACAUCAGGGGAAGUGAUGACAACUGAUGACGAUUGUAUAGACAUAUGGCUAGUCCUAUAAAAAACUGCCCCAUAAACUGACCUUUUAAGUGAUUGGUUGGUCCUUAUGCCCUGCCCCAAAGACUCUGCAGUUUUGUGCUUUAAAAGGCUUUGUUAUGCGUGCAAUAAACGAGUUCUUGCUUGACUUGACGCCCCUCUUCAUCUGAUUGUCUCCGGGAUCAGAAGGCUGUGGAACGGGCAAGCGGCGCACUUACCUUUCCUCAGACCCAGUCCAUCCUUGUUCGGGUGAACUAAGACCCUGCAUCUGGCGCCCAACGUGGGGCUCGAACCGUAACUUUUCGGCUGAGGCUAAGCAGUCUCUCAGGGUAAGUGAAACCCUCAGUAUGGGUAAUGCAGUUUUGUCCAAAGAGGACAAGACCUUAAAGGCCUUACAGGACUUGGGAGAGCCCAAAGACUCAGAGGAAGAUGGCAGGGAAAGAGAAUGGGCUAAGAGUAAUCAGGAAGCAAAAACGAAAGUAAAAGUCAUUCUACCUAGCCCAUCUGCCCCAGAAGGACUGGAACCCCACCCCCCCAUACCUCCCGGGGGCAGAGGUGGCCUCCCCCUGUGUAGAGCCAUGAAGGGAGCUACAUGAUCUGGACCCUUGCGAUUGCUUGGGAGGAGGGAGGAGAAAUGAGAUGACCUAUGUGGGAGCAGCCACUGGCAUGGCAGCAGCUAUGCCACUUUCUCUGCUGGUGCUGCUGCCCUUGGGGCCAGGCGGCUGGGGCCAGGCAGAGUCCCCACACAACACUGUGCAGGAGGAUCACCAUGCAUGGAGCCCAGUGGGGACCACAGGAGCUGGAGUGGCAGUGGUAGGGGUGGCCCCGGGCCAGCAGUGGCCUCAGCAUGGGGCCAACAGCUGCCACCAGCUGGGUCGAGCGGCGGCAUGGACCCGGAGGAUGAUGGCAGUAAGUGCCAGGGCUGGCAGCCUGGGCGGGGGCCACAGGUGGGGGAAGGGGAGGGCUGCAGCUCCGGGCCCCUCUCUCCACUGCCGAACAAAGUGGGGAACACAGGGCCGGGCGAGGAGAGGCCGGGGCGGCUCGCCAAGAGGCCAUGAUGUGGACGCGGGCCGGCCACGGACCGUGGCCUGACAGUGCUGAGCAAGUGCGUGCCUCGCACCACUGCACUGUGCCCACCGGGUAUGGGGUGCUCUGCAGCCGCCUGAGGCUGGGGUCUAUUCCGGCCGCCCGCAGGCUGCAGCCAAGGAGUGGUGUCGGAACGCGCCCCAUGCCUGAGCACUCGCUGGACCCGGCUGGAGGCGGAGGGCGGUUCGCGCCGAGUUGCGGGGCUGUGCAAGCACUGGUUUGGAGCAUGGCGAGCAGGCGCGCCCCGAGGAGCACUGGAGAUGUCCUGGACGUGUCGCCUCCUGUUCAGAUACCUGUUCCUGGCCCUCCUGCUGCACAGGCUGGGAGAGGGUUCUGCUCUCUCUCUCAUCUAGACAGCAGGACCCGUCCUAGGUCCUUGGACAAGAGUGCCUGGAGGGCUUUCAAGGAAUCCCAGUGCCAUCACAUGCUGAAACAUCUGCACAAUGGCGUGCACAUCACCAUGCAGAUGCCACCCACCAUUGAGGGCCACUGGGUCUCCAUGGGCCAGGUGGAGUCAGACCCGAAGUCAGAUCAGGUCCAGAGUUCCUCACCCAGUCUUCCAGAUUCUACCACAACACCUUUCAGGCCUACCAGUUUUAUUAUGGCAGCAACCAAUGCAACAAACCCCACCUACACUCUCAUCAUCCAAGGCAAGAUCCGCCUCUGCCAGGCCUCCUGGAUCAUCCGUGGUGGCAUGGAAGCUGACUGCCAGCUGCACAGCGGGCAGGUCAUCUGCCAUUCAGAGGUGGUCACUGAGCAGCUCAGCCAGCGCAUGAACCACUGGUGCCCGGGCUUCCUGGCCGUGGGGACCCCCUGGGUGCACGACGUGGCUUAUGACCUGUGGUGGGAGGAGAAUGGCUGCGAGUACACCAAAGCCGUGAACUUCACAUGCAUGAGCUGCAGCUGGUCUGGGUGGAGAAGCAGUACCUGUGCCACAACCUGGACCAUCUGGUGGAGGAGCUCUUUUUUGGCCAUAUCCACACCGAUACCACCCAGUGAAUGUUCUACUGGCCAUCCAGUUACCAGCCUCUGCUGCAGAAUGCUAAGAACCACGACCAUGCCUGCACAGCCCAUCGCAUCAUCUUCCUCCCCUUUCGCUCGACACAGCCCUGAUCAACAACUCUCUCAACCUCCAGCUCAAGUGGAAGAGACCCCAGAGAGCAAGGCCCCACCGGUGCCCUUCCUGCACGCCCAGCACUAUGUGAGUGGCUACGGGCUGCAGAAGGGGCAGCUGAGUACCCUGCUGUACAACACCCACCCAUACCGCGCCUUCCCCGUGCUGCUGCUGGACACUGUGCCCUGGUACCUGCGGCUCUACGUGCACACGCUCACCAUCACAUCCAAGGGCAAGGAGAAGAAACCAAGUUACAUCCACUACCAGCCUGCCCAGGACUGCCUGCAGCCCCACCUCCUGGAGAUGCUCAUUCAGCUGCCCGCCAGCUCAGUCACCACGAUCUCCAUCCAGUUUGAGUGAGCCUUGCUCACGUGGACCGAGUACACUCCAGACCCCAACCACGGCUUCUCUGUCAGCCCACCCAUCCUCAGUGCCAUUGUGCCCAGUUUGGUGGCAGCCACACCAGUGGACUGGGAAGAGAGCCCCCUCUUCAGUACCCUAUUCCCGGUCUUCAAAGGCCCCAGCUGCUUUGUGCGACACUGUACAUGGAGCCACUGCUGGUGAGCCUGCCAAUGCUCAGCCUGACAACUGGGAGCUGUAGUUCAGGUCAAGUCCAUGGACUCCCCCUCACACCUGUUCUGCCCAGGACAGACUCUGACCUUAGACUAUGAGUUUGACUCAAUUGUGAUAGAAACCCUUGUUCUUGCCUCUUUGUGUGGAGUGACUGUGGGGGCUGAGAUGGCGGGAAUGCCAGAUCCCUUUCUCCCUCAGUACUGGACACUGAUGCACAUUCCCUAACCUCCAUUAACCAUUCUCCUGUGCCAGAGGUCUCAGAACUAAUCUUCCCAGCCAUGCUACAGCUUGGACAGCUGGGCAGGGUUCCUUGCUUCUGCAGUUAAGACCCCAGUUCUGGGAGGAAUCUGAGAAAGGAGGAGCCUCCAGGCUGAGAUGGGGAAAAUUCACUCCCUCUCCACAGAGGUCUAGUCUUGACCCUCAGAUAAUGCUUCCAAGAACAGGAAAUACCAUGCUCCAGUGACAAACUGGCCUUCCCUCACUUAGCCUAGUUGUGGUUUCUGUGAGGAGUAACUAGAGGCUUAGUUAGGGGACUGUGCAUCAGGCUGGACACGUGGCUCCCUUCCUGGAAGGACAGAGGGUUGGACACUCACUGAAAGAUGGGGAAAGGUAAACUCAGCCGUGAGGCUGAACAACCUCCAUCAUGUCCUACUGCACCUCCAGACUGAAACAGGGUUGGCUGCUUCUGAAGAGCUUUGCAAGAAAACAAGGUGUUUGUUCUAACACAAAUAUAAAAUGAGCCAAACUGCAGUCUAUGAUUCCUAUUGGAGUGGCAGGCAUCUGGCAGGUAACACUACCUGGGAUGCCACAUCCCAUACUGCAGCGCCCAGGGUGGGUUGGGUUCCGGCUCUUGCUUUCGAUUCCAGCUACCUGCUAAGGCACACUCUGGGGGACAGUGGUGAUGGGUUAAGUAUGUGGGUUUCUGCACCAUGUAAGAGACCCAGAUUAAGUAACUGGCUCUUGGCUUCUGCCAGACCCAGCCCUGGCUGUUACAUGGAAGAUUUCUGUCUCUCUCUGCCUUUAAAAUACACAAGUUUCUAAGAAGCAUUUCUAUAUAUAAUAUUGCCUUUUAGUAGAAUUUGAUUAUCCAUAGUUGUCAAUAUUUUCCCAGAAAACAGAACAAUGAGACUGUUUCACUGAAAAUGGUCAUUUGUUUACCUCAAAAAACUGACCUAGAAAUCAUUCAUCUCUAGAUCCUAGCUUUCCAAUGCUUCUCAAAGGCCCCCCACCUUGCUCAAAGUGCUGAAGAUAAAAAUCGAGGCUCUAAGAAUUCUGGAACAGCUUCCCAAAGUGCUGUAUGAGAGAAAGCAGGGCAGAGCCUUGAGUUGGACCUUAAGUCUCUUCCACUUGAGCUGGAGGUUGAGAGAGUUGUUGAUCAGGGCUGUGUCGAGCGAAAGGGGAGGAAGAUGAUGCGAUGGGCUGUGCAGGCAUGGUCGUGGUUCUUAGCAUUCUGCAGCAGAGGCUGGUAGCUGGAGUCUUGAGUUGAGAGACCUUAAGAGAGGAAAGAUUUGGGGCUGGUGCUAUGGCACAGUAGGUCAACACCCUGGCUUGAAGCGCCGGCAUCCCAUAUGAGUGCCAGUUCAAGACCCAGCUGCUCUACUUCCCACCCAGCUCUCUGCCAUGGCCUGGGAAAGCAUUAAAAGAUGGCCCAAGUCCUUGGGCCCCUGGGAGACCUGGAAGAAGCUCCUGGCUCUUAGCUUCAGAUUGGCGCAGCUCCAGUCAUUGUGGCCAACUGGGGAGUGAACCAGCAGAUGGAAGACUUCUCGCUCUGUCUCUACUUCUAUCUGUAACUCUUUCAAAUAAAUUAAAAAAUCCUUUAAAAAAAGAGCAAAUAUUUAGAGGCAGAAUGAAGACACAAGGAUACCGAGACCAUGAGAAAUGGGGAUGGACCUCAAGGCAGCAAGGUCAGGAGAAUCAAUCAUCACUUGGACCCAGGCAAGGACAUCCAGGCCCCCUUCUGAGUGGAAAUGAGCAGGAUGGAUCCUUUGUGCCUGGGCACGAGAACUUCCUAAUAUCCUGGAAGGAGCUUUCUCCUCUCUCCACAUAUUCUCCAGCUGGCUGUGGAAUGACGACAAUUACACUAACAGAGCUUGAUGAGGGAGACGAGGGACAAACAGCAGUAGUCAGGUGCCUACUUCUCUUCCUCACACUGGCAGGAUGUGAAUCAGCACUGAGACAGAUUUUGGUUGAGGGCAGACCUAGGAAAGUUCCCCAGCUGACCCCUGGAGCCAAAAAGGGGCCAGUAUUCAUUUAUCACCUGCUUCUGGAGGUCACCUGACAACUUGUCCUUUUGCAUAGUAUUGGCCAAGGGUCUUCUGGCCAGAGACAUGUUUAAAUUGAAGUGAGUGUCAUAGCACAGGGCCAUUGCAGUUGCAGAACACAAGGUGGGGGGGUGGUGUUUGGGCUCCCUCCAGGUAUCCUUGCUAACCUCCUCAUAUGAACCAAGGACCUUCAUUUUGUGGUUUUUCCAAAGGGUCUUGAAAUUCCUGGGCCCAAAGUCUUGCACUGAUAGACACAGGAAUCCUGACCACAGCUGGUCACUGUCAGGGCAGACUGUGUCCUCUUCAUUUCUUCUCAUACACAAGCUCAGCCUUGGGCAGCUGCUCACAGAAUACUCACUCUCAGCCUUGCACAGAGUCUGUUAGCUGAAAUCCUACUAUUCAAAGUGUCCGCCAUAGUCGGAAUCGUGAGCUUAUCACAUAGGAGGCUGGAGCCUUCACCAUCCAGUGGACAAGGUGUGAAGUUUAGUGGUGGGGCCUUCAACCCCUCUUCUCACCUGAAGGCUUGAAGCUGUGAUCAAUGGCUUGCCGAAGGUCUCCUAGUCCACAGAGCCCAUGGAGGGAGGAAUGGACAAGACACACUCUCAGGUAACCUAUGGCAUGUAUCUUUGUCUCUAGACAUUGGCUCAUGAAAAGCAUUUAUGAUCCCAGGAGUGAGGAUGAAGAAUCUCCAGGUAAGGAACAAUAGU